GCUGUUCGGUUUGCGAGUAGUCUCAGUUGAUUGUAGCUCGUUGGAUUGAUCGGUCGCUUCUUGUGCACGUUCGGUUCCUCCGGUGCGAUACACCGUUGUUGGUGCUCUUUUAUUUUCGGUGUCACCUCUUCGAUUCGAUUUGUGCUAUUCUCGAUCUUUCUUCUUCUUUCACUGUUCCGCGGUUCAUUGAUAAAAUCCCAGGGUCAACGUGCUCACGGUAUUUUCUUUCGCUAUCUUCGCGUUUAGCCGCCGGCGUACCUAACGUUGCGGAUAGCAGAAAUACCUGCGGUCAUUGUUGCCACUGUUAUCACGUAACAGUACCAACAACAACACCUGUGCCAGAGAUAAAACGCGACUAAAACGGAAGACGAAGUAAAUGUGAUACGAACUAAAACGAAAUAUUUUUGAUUACAUUCCCUACGUAAAGAAGCUCAAUUAUUUUAUUUUUAUACAUCGAAAUUUUUUUAUUAUUUUUAACGAACCAAACUGUUAUUAAAAGUGCCUUAAAAAAGACAUCAUCGGAGUGAAUAGUGUGAAUUAAAAAAACGAGUAAUAAUAAAGUUAUGUGCAAAUCUUAAGUGGUGAAGAUGUCUUCAACGCAAGCUUAUUAUAAAAAUCGAUUAGGAUUCGAUCCGAAGGAAUCUAUGUACGAUGGUCCCCCCGAAAAACAUAGAAGAACCGAUCAAGAACAAUCCCACGGAUACGAAGAAAAUCUAUCAAAAUUCAAAGAUGCACGCGACGAGAUACAGAAGAAAACGUUCACGAAGUGGGUCAACAAACAUCUAAGAAAGCAUUGGAGAUACGUAAAGAAUUACACGUGUUUGCACGUGUGUGUUUCAACGAACAGUUCAGAAUGUUGUCCUACGUCAAUGAACAAACAGAUCGGAGAUCUUUUUCAAGAUUUAAGGGAUGGUCGCAAUCUGAUUUCGUUACUGGAAGUUUUAACUGGCGAAAAACUUCCGGUCGAAAACAGAGAAAUGAGAUUUCAUAUGCUUCACAACAUCGAUACAGCCCUACAUUUCCUUCGUCGUAAAAAAAUUAAAUUGGUUAACAUUAGAUCCGAAGAUAUAGUCGAUGGAAAUCCUAAACUUACCUUAGGAUUGAUUUGGACUAUUAUCCUUCAUUUCCAGAUUUCCGAUAUCGUGGUAGGUCAAGAACCGAACGUUUCCGCUAAGGAUUAUUUAUUGCGUUGGGCAAAACGCACUACAAACAAGUAUCCGGGAGUUCGAGUAACCGAUUUCACGUCUUCUUGGAAAGAUGGACUUGCGUUUAGCGCUAUUAUUCACAGAAAUCGACCCGAUUUGGUCGAUUGGCGACAGAUUAGAUCGCAACAUGCACGAGAAAGAAUGGAACAUGCUUUUUAUGUUGCCGAAAGAGAAUAUGGAGUUACAAAAUUAUUAGAUCCAGAAGACGUCGAUACCCAACAACCAGAUGAGAAAUCGCUUAUUACUUACAUCUCGUCUCUGCACGAAGUGUUCCCUGAACCAAAUCCAAUUCAUCCGCUUUACGAUGCCGUUUCACAACAAAAGGUUCACGAAUAUAAAGAACUCGCUUCGUCGCUUCACUUAUGGAUGAGGGAAAAAUACAGUGUAAUGCAGGAUCGAUCUUUUCCACCAACUUUAAUUGCAAUGAAAAAAUUAGCAACUGAAUCAACAAGAUUUAGAACAGACGAAGUCCCACCUAGACAAAGAGAUAAACAACAUUUAAGUCAAUUGUUUAGAGAUUUAGAAAAAUAUUUCCAAACUGUAGGCGAAAUUGAUAUUGAACCGGAACUUCACAUAGAAAAAAUCGAAAGAAAUUGGAACCGAUUGAUGGUGUCACACCAAGAAAGAGAAAAAUACAUAAUGGACGAAAUUAGGCGAUUAGAAAGAUUACAAAGAUUGGCAGAUAAGGUUCAUAGAGAAAUUAAACAUUCCGAUGCAGCUUUAGAUAAUAUUGAACAUAUGAUUGAAGAGGAAAGUCAUAGAAUCGAGCGAAUUCAUCCAUUGGAAGCGAAAAAGAUAGCGGAUCAUAUCGAUAAAGAUUUAGAAGUGGUCGAGCAAAAUAUCCAAUCUUUAUUCAACGAUGUACAUACGCUUUUAAGCGCGAGAUAUCCUCAAGCGCCGGAACUAGAUAAACGAGUUAAAAAACUUCACGCGCGUUGGGCGGAUAUGAAGAAACUUUUAAUACAAAAAAUCGCUCAACCUCUAGCCAAUCUUCGAUUUCCAAUCGAAGAAAAAACCGUCACAAAACACGUUCGAACCGUGCAAGAAGUUAGAAACGUCGACACCAACCCUCAUUUUAGAACGUUACAAGAUUGCAUCGAAUGGUGUAGAAACAAAUUGAAACAAUUACAAGAUGCCGAUUUUGGAACUGAUUUACCAUCGGUACAAUCGGAGCGAAAUAUUCAUUUAAGAGAACACUCAAUUAUCGAUCAGUACCAUACUAAAGUUGAUAGUUGUGUUAGAGCGAGGCAGAACUUUACUGGCGAAGAACUGUCUUUGUAUAACCAACAUUUAAGCACUUUACAAAAAGUUUACACCGAAUUAUUGGCGUUUUCUAAUAAUCGAAUGAGCGAUUUAGAUUCGUUACUUGACUUUAUCCAAUCUGCCACCAACGAACUGCAUUGGUUAAAUGAAAAGGAAGAAGUUGAAGUUACCAGAGAUUGGUCUGAGACUAAUAUGAAUUUACAAACUGUCGAAAAAUAUUACGAGCAUAAUUAUGGAUCUGGCGAUGAGUCAUUAAUGAGUGAAUUAGAGAAACGUGACAUCCACUUUGCCGAAAUUCAACAUCGCGGUGAAAAUCUAGUCAUUCAAAGUCAUCCUGCAAGUAAAGCUAUCGAAGCUCACAUCGCCGCCGUUCAAGCACAAUGCGCUUGGCUCCUCCAAUUAACUCAUUGUUUAGAAGAACACAUGAGAAAUGCGCAUAAUUAUCAAUCAUUUUACAAAGAUAUUAACUCGGCGGAACAAUGGGUAAAGGAAAAAGACGAAAUAAUGAACACCGAAUUUAGCCAGGGAGAUUUUACUUUAGACCAAGGAGAAUCACUCUUGCAAGGAAUGCAACUUCUCAGAGAUGAAUUAAACGCUUUCGGGGAUCAAAUCCAAAACUUAACGGUUCGUGCGCAAGAAAUUGUGCCUUUAAAACAAAGAAGACAACCAGUUACAAGACCAAUGGAUGUUAUUGCUGUUUGCAAUUACAAAACAAAUAAUUUUGCCAUCGAAAAAAAUAAAAAAUGCGUUUUAAUCGAUAAUUCUGGACGCAUAAAAUGGAGAGUUCAAAACAGUAAAGGAAUCGAAGAAUCCGUUCCUGGCGUUUGUUUUGUUAUUUCACCACCUGAUAAAGAAGCGCUUGAUGCAGUUGAAAGACUUCGUCGACAAUACGAACGAUCUUUAGCUUUAUGGCAAAAGAAACAAUUAAGAAUGAGACAAAAUAUGAUUUUCGCAACAAUUAAAGUUGUAAAAGGUUGGGAUUUACCUCAAUUUAUAGCAAUCGGUGUUGACCAACGAAAUGCAAUUAGAAGAGCUUUAAACGAAGACGCCGAUAAGCUUUUUGCAGAAGGCGAUCCAUCAGAUCCGCAAUUACGAAGGUUACGCAGAGAAAUGGACGAAGUUAACCGUUUAUUCGAUGAAUUUGAAAAACGAGCAAGAGCAGAAGAAGAAAGUAAAAAUCAAACAAGGAUUUUUAACAAUCAAAUCUCGAAUCUUCAGCGCGCUUUAGACGAAGCUGAAAGAGUUAUAAAUCAACGCGUGCUUUCACCAAUUCCAAGAGAUGUUGAUACUUUAGUACAUCUUUUCAGGGAACAUAAAGAAUUCGAAUCGCGCCUUCAAAAUCUCGAACCCGAGAUUGAACAAGUUAAAGAUACCUUUAGAAGUAUCACGUUGAAAACACCGCAACAUAAAAAAGAUCUUGAAAAAGUUCUCGAUAAAUGGCAAUACAUUUGGAACACAAGCAAAUUAUAUAUGCAACGUUUAAGAUGUUUAGAAAUCGUUUUAAAUGGAAUGGAAGAAGCGGCCCAAACGAUUUCCGAAUUUGAGAGCAAAUUGAGUUAUUCCAAAGAAUUACCUUCAACUGAAAAAGCUUUGGAAGCGAUUCACGAUGAUUUAUUAAAAUUACAAUCGGCAGUUGGACAACAUCAAAUGACCAUGGAUCAAUUAAAUGAUGAUUUUGAUAAUGCCAGGAGGUUAACGGAAAAAUCUAGACCGAAUCAACGUGGUCCUCAUUCUGAUGUUGAAAGAUUGGAUAAAGAGAUGCAAAAAUUAAAUAAUCGAUGGAAUAAUAUUUGCGCUCAAUUAGCGGACCGUAUGAAAGGUUGUGAACAAGCGUAUGGGUUAUUAAAGAAUUAUAAUAAAGCUAAGGAGGGUGAAGAUUCUUGGAUUGACGAACAAUAUGGAAAAUUGGAAAAUCUUGCUCCAAUUAAAGAUAGAGCUAAAGAUCAUUUAGAAGCAACAAGGAAUCUUCUGAAUAGCGUCGUUGAAAGAGCCCCACAAAUUGAAAAGGUUAACGUAAAUGGUGGAAAAUUCAUCCGCGAAGGAAAGAUAUGGAGCAAAGGGCUACAACGUUUCCGGGAGAGUCUUUUGGAAGCCCAACCAUCGCUGGAUGCUUCUGUGGCGUUUAGGGAGAAACCUUCAGGACCUACAGGUGCAGAUAUUGUUGCGAGUGAGCUGGACGUUUUUAACGAAAAGUAUCAAUAUUUGGUCGACACACUUUAUUCGAGGUUAAAGGAAAUUGCUGCUAGAUGUCCUGGAGAUAUCGUUACUUUGGUAAGUUUUAACUCAUAAUAAAAAAUAAAAUUA